AUGUUACAAAAAGCUCAGGGUGCACCUUCCCCUUCCCUCCAGUCGAUCAAAUCAUUGCCUGUUGACCUUAGGUUCAUGGGUUUGCCGACUUAUGAUUCUUCAGAGAAGUCUGAGGCUCUGAAUGAAAGCAAUAGUGAUCUAGGUAGUCAGAUGGUUGCUGGUGUUGAUAUCAAUGUUGAUCGGGAUACUGAUGAGUCACCCUAUAGUAGUUUAAGCUUAUCGGUGGAAGAAAGGCCUUCAAUUAUUGAUGAGGACUCAAAUUCUGUGACUUCUCCUUUGCGGUCCUUUGUACCAUUGCAUGCUGAAUCCAAGUGGAGUGACACCAAGUCCUAUGUUGCAAAGAAGAAGCUUCAAUCUUGGUUUCAACUUACUAAUGGGAACUGGGAGCUGGGAAAGGUUCUAUCAACUUCAGGGACUGAAUCGGUCAUAUCAUUGCCGGAGGGGGAAAUUUUGAAGUUGAAUUCCGGAAGGCUGUUUCCGGCGAAUCCUGAUAUUCUUGAUGGAGUAGAUGAUCUCAUGCAACUAAGUUAUUUAAAUGAACCAUCAGUGUUGUUCAAUCUUCAGUAUAGAUACAAUCGAGAUAUGAUUUAUACAAAAGCAGGGCCAGUUUUGGUUGCAAUAAAUCCCUUUAAGAAAGUCCAGUUGUAUGGAAGUGAUUACAUUGAAGCUUAUAAGCGUAAAUCUAUUGAUAGUCCGCAUGUAUAUGCCAUUACAGAUACAGCCAUUCGGGAAAUGAUCAGAGAUGAAGUAAACCAAUCUAUCAUCAUAAGUGGUGAAAGCGGGGCAGGGAAAACUGAGACAGCAAAGAUAGCAAUGCAAUAUUUGGCUGCACUAGGAGGUGGUAGCGGCAUAGAAUACGAAAUAUUGAAAACUAAUCCAAUUUUGGAAGCCUUUGGUAAUGCAAAAACAUUAAGAAAUGACAACUCGAGCCGUUUUACUUGUAAUGGUUUGGCAACAUGUUCAACAAACUUGGAACUAGACUCAGAAGUAAUGAAAAGAGGCAGAUUGGCACUGUCACACUCUAUUUCAAUGUUAUGCGCCAAAAAGAAAGAGAGAUUGAAGUUGAAGAGUGCAGAUGAGUAUUUUUAUCUGAGGCAAAGCAAUUGCUACUCGAUUUCUGGAGUUGAUGAUGCUGAACAGUUCCGUGUUGUAAUGGAAGCCCUGGAUAUCGUUCAUGUUAGUAAAGAGGACCAAGAUAGUGUUUUUGCGAUGCUUGCUGCAGUAUUGUGGCUAGGGAAUGUCUCCUUCACUGUGGUUGAUAAUGAAAACCAUGUUGAAGCCGUGACUGACGAAGGUCUAUCCAAUGUUGCUAAACUGGUUGGGUGUAAUAUUGAAGACCUAAAGCUAGCUUUAUCAACUCGAAAUAUGAAAGUACGGAAUGAUAAUAUUGUUCAAAAGUUAACUUUAUCUCAGGCCAUUGACACAAGAGAUGCCUUGGCAAAAUCAAUCUAUUCUUGUUUGUUUGACUGGUUGGUUGAACAAAUCAACAAGUCACUUGCAGUAGGCAAACGUCGUACUGGAAGAUCCAUCAGCAUUCUCGAUAUCUAUGGCUUUGAAUCAUUUGAUACGAAUAGUUUUGAGCAGUUCUGCAUUAAUUAUGCGAAUGAGAGGUUGCAGCAGCACUUUAACCGUCACUUAUUCAAGUUGGAACAGGAGCCCUCUACUGAUGCGAAAUUAUUGCUUGCCGGUGUGGCUGCGAGUUACACACAGUUGCAUCCUGAAGGGUUUCACUGA